AUGGCAGCAGAGCACGAGGAGCCCGGCAGGUUGCAUGAAGUCAUGACAGCUAUGCCGAUCGUGCUACUCAACUUGACGAACUUCUCGGGCAUCUUGCACAAUGUAGACGUGCCGAGCAGAGAUAUCGCUUACAGGGCCGGGAACAUCACUGCUGACCUCGGGAUGCUUUAUGACAAGGUGCAAGGCUUUCUCCUCGCCUUGCACGACCAAAUGAACCCGGAAGAUGCAACGAGGUACUGCCCCUUCGAGACCGAGCGUGUGAUUCCAGCAUGCAUUGUCAUCGCGACUUGCCUCAUUCAAAAGGUUGUGCCCGCCGAAAUCUCGAUGGACGCCUUUGCGUCCCUCAUGGAGCAGGUGCGGCGCUUCGAGGAUAUCACAUGGCCUUUGCUCAAGACAGCCUUGAUUGGCGAGCACGAGCCGAACGUGCAAACGGAUUCCUAUGUACCCGACGCAUAUAGGUGUGAUGGCGUUCAAGAAGCGGAUCCUCACUCGCUUGUCAGUCCAGCCUUUGUGCAAAUCGAAGCAAAGGCGGCAGAGAGCUCAGAGCAUUCAGAGACCCUGGCGAUGUCAUCGGCCAUGCGACAUGCCUCCGCUCGCACACACCGCAUUCUGGAUGCGCAUCUUAUGAAUUCAUCUAUGCAGACGACAGCCAUGCAGUUGGAGAAGCUUUGGCAUCCGAUCUGCAAGAAGCUUCCUUGUGAUCCGUCCAACAUGUACGACGUCUUCCUUGCUUGGCACAAGCAGAGCAUGGCCCUGUGCCAGACAUCUGCCGUCGGCCAUCUUCGCCUGGAGAUUCACCAGCGUGUGAGGCUAGACAUGCGGCUGCAGCGCUUUGUUUCCGAGCACUACUUCGAGCACGUCUCCUUCUUUAACGAGAAAGGGGUGUUGCACAGCUCGCGGGAGUCCGUGGUGAACUACGGCAAGAGAGGACGCGAGGCUGUCAUGGGCCUGGUGAUCCCAUACAUGCAGAAGCUUGCAGACACCGACGGAGAGAGAGCUGUGCGGUUGGUGGAUCACGUCGAGCUCAUCAAGUUUGCACGGGACAUGGAGAAGGAGCAGGAGGGAAACCGGAAGAUCAGGCGUGUGUCGCAGCAUGCAAUCGGGCAGAGCGAGGAAACCAAGGACCUCGAGGAAGACCUGGACGAAGAUGUGAAGGAAGCAGACGCUGAGGACGAGGUGAAGGGCCGCCCUGGCCCUGCUGGCCCUUCCGCAGAGGACGUGUCCCUUCUGUCGGAGAGCGUGAACCUGACAGAUGGCUUUGCCACCUCCCACUGGUGCACGAGGAACACGAUCGUGUUCUGGAACCACAAGCACCAGCACUACUUUCGUAUGUCCAAUUGGCGAAUCGAGCGAGGACACAAGGGAUGGCUGGGCAGCAUCCCCUACGGGUGGACAUGGGAGCGGUUCACCUGCGUUGAUCUAGGGGGUGGCAACUUCGCGUUUCACAACACCUUCCACAACCGCUUCAUGCGCAUGAACGGUGAUGGCUGGAUGGAUCGAAGCGACCCGUGCGACAGGAACAAGUUGCCUGACCACUGGGGUUGGGAGCGGUUCAAAAUGAAGGACAUGGGCGACGGACACUGGGCCUUGUUCAGCACGGCGCACAACAAGUUCGUGAAGAUGGACAAGGGCGACGGUAUCGUUGCCAGUGGCUGGAGGAAAGGUGCCUGGGAUAUUCCAGCCCGUUGGAAUUACGAGAAGUUCUAUAUUCAGAAGGCGUCAAGAGAGAUUGCUUCACCGAAGGCCUUCUGGUUUGUGGACAGAACGGUGGCCAUAUGGAGCCACCAGCACCAGCGUUACGUUCGUCUGAGGAAAGGCAAGGUCGAGAAGGGUGGCGCCGGUUGGAGAGAUCCAUUUCCAAAUUGGGGCCACGAGCGGUUCACGCCAGUGAUGGCCGGCCACGGAGAAGUGGCCUUUUACAACGCCGAGAACCGCCGCUUCAUCCGCAUGAACAGCGACGGCUACUUAGACGACAGUGACAAGAUGUCCCAGUGGCAACUGCACGACGGGAUGACCUGGGAGCGGUUCAAGGUCGUGGAUAUGGGCGAGGGACACAUUGCUUUGUACAGCUCGGUUCACAGGAAGUUCUGGAAGAUGAAUGGCGAGGAGAAUAACCUUGUGACCGGCCCUGAAAUGGACUAUUGGAAAGUGAACACAAAUUGGGGUAACGAAAAAUUCUUCCUUGUGGAAGUCGGCGAGAAGAAGAACUGCAACUUUUGGUGCAGGCUCCGGCGCGGCAUCGAGAAGGUAGUGAAAGCCGUUGCAGACUUUGUGGUAAAGCUCCUUUCAUGCUUCGGACAGUGGGUGUUCACGGAAUCCGUUGGCUAUAGCAGAUCCAUCAGCACACAUGCUGCCGUGAACUUUGGCGUGUCUGCUGGCGUUUCAACCCCUAGCAUCAAGUCGAUAAUUGAGCAAGCGACGUCUCCGGGCAUGUCAGUUUCCUUGUGGGCAUCUCUGGGAGCAGGCGCGACAGCCGAGUGGCUUUGGUCGGGUCUCGGCGUGGCCCUCUACAUGAGCUGCGGUGGAGCGGCGGACGACAGCUCUGGGGGUUGCUACUUUGGCGUCUCCGUCGGAGCCAUCUUUUCGGCUUGGGCGAAGGCCUGGGCAGAACCUAGGUGCCCCUUCGGGCCGACGCUCUUCGGUGCCUUCCAGUGUUCGAGAUCAGUCGGUGGCACCUUCCUGCUCAUUUGCUGCAGCUACAGCAUCUUGACUGGUGAGAACAGCUGCCGCUGA